UCAGAAAUUUUUCCAAGAGAUUCCAGUCUAAAAGACAAAUUCAUAAAACAUUUUACAGGUCCAGUCACAUUUUCAUCAGAGUGCAGCAAGCACUUUCAUCGACUGUAUCACAACACAAGGGACUGCUCAACGCCAGCUUAUUAUAAAAGGUGUGCAAGGUUGCUAACAAGAUUAGCAAUGAGCCCUUUGUGUACACAGUCCUAGGAUGUUUGCUAUACUUUCUACUAAGGAGAGAAUUCUGAUUUGCCAAGAAAGUGCCUUGAAAUCUUCCAGGACAGAGAAGACAUCUUUUACCUUUUUGAUUUACGACAUUUUGUUACUAGAUGCAUUUUAUUUUCAUAUAUUUGUUGGACAUUCCAUAUUUGUGUAAAACAUUAUUUUAAUUUGUAAAUUUGUUGCCUAUAGUUCAGACGAGCCAAUUAUUUAAAUAUGUUGUAUAUAAAGAAUACUAAUAAUAUACUGAUUAAAUGUUAUAAUCAUAUGCAGGGAGUUGGAAAAAAUUUUGCUGUUUCUCUUGUUCCAUUGUAUUUACAUCAUUUUGCUCAGGCUCUUACUUUCAUUAUUUGCACUAACUUGAAAUGCAGAAGUCUAUGUAACUGAAAUCUGAAUAAGCUGUGGGGAAGUUUUACUUGCCAUGGAAGAUAUUUUAUAUUAUGAAGCUUUGUUAAUAUAUAUAUUAUUGCGCAUCAGAAAAAACAAUGCUCAGAAAUGCACCUUGCUUUCAGGAACAUUUGUAUGACUAUUCUGGAUUAUCAUCAGUUACAUUUGUACUGGCACUUAUGGAAAGAGUUGCAAAUAAUGUAAAUAUAAAGACUGGAAAACUGCAAUGCAGUUUUGAUGGAAUAAAGAAUAUAAAAAUAAACUA